CGUAUAUUCUCCACCCUAAAGGAAGCCGUGCGACAUCCAUCGGACUCGUAGGACUCUCAGAGGUACUCUCGAGCUGUCCCCAUCCUGUAGCUCUAACAAACAGUCUGCUGGGUCGUCGCGCUGCGCUCCGGGCAGGUUGGUGAUCUCUGCCCGGGUUUACCCCUCGAACAGGACUGUGGGAGCGAUGCGACGUCUCGGAGGAGGAGGAGGAGACGAACUGGCCAGGCAUCAGCAGACACCUGAGAGGAGGAUCUGAGUUUGUUUCUGUAACGUCAAAGAAAGGUUUAUUGCGGUCAUCACUAUGACUGAUGGGGAUUAUGACUUCCUUAUAAAGCUCCUUGCCCUGGGGGACUCCGGCGUGGGGAAGACCACGUUCCUGUACAGGUAUACAGACAACAAGUUCAACCCCAAGUUCAUCACCACAGUCGGCAUCGACUUCAGGGAAAAGAGAGUGAUCUACACAGCAUCUAACCCCAAUGGGACGACCACAGGGAAAACCUUCAAGGUUCACCUUCAGCUCUGGGACACAGCUGGACAGGAGAGGUUCCGUAGCCUGACGACGGCGUUCUUCAGGGAUGCUAUGGGCUUCCUGCUGAUGUUCGAUCUCACCAGCCAGCAGAGCUUUCUCAAUGUCAGAAACUGGAUGAGCCAGCUACAGGCCAACGCCUACUGCGAGAACCCGGAUAUCGUUUUGGUUGGCAACAAGGCGGAUCUGGCCGACCAGCGGGAGGUCCAGGAGAGACAGGCCAAAGAGCUGGCUGACAAAUACGGGAUCCCGUACUUUGAAACCAGUGCAGCGACAGGAGCAGAUGUGGACAAGGCGGUUCUAACGCUGUUGGACCUGGUCAUGAAGAGGAUGGAGCAGUGUGUCGACAAACCGCCUGCCGAGCCCGCCAAUGGGAAUGGGGCUACAAAGCUUGGCGAUGCACAGCCGAAUGAAAAGAAAUGUGCAUGUUAGAUGAAGAGGCGAGUCAGUGCUGCUCUGUUGUCUGUCCUUUCUCCUCGCCACAUUUCUUCCCUCUGUUACUUUAUCUUUGUUAUUUCUGAUAGCACGUCUCUUCAUGUUGUCUUCAUCCUCUUCUCUUUAAAUCUAAUAUUGAGACAUCUCCUCCUAUUUUGGCUCAUUUCCUUCCUUUUAUUCUUACUUAUACUCCCAAAAGUCAUUCUGACAAUGAAAGGACUCUACCCCCCUCUAAUGGACUUCUAAGGUAAUGCAGCCUGUAUUUGCCUGUAGGAGGAAAUUAAAGCAGGAGGAGACGGUUUCAUCACCGUCAGACACAUAAUGUGCCUCGUUGAAAACAUGCAGCCUGGGAACAUGCUCUGCACCCUCCCAAUUUAUCUGCUCGCAAGUGCUUUGAAUGAUUUAAAGGACCUAAACACUCAAAAAGAUGUUUAAGACUUUAAUUUGGACUCUUUAACUGUUAAUCUAUCGUGGCUGCAUAAUGUGGGGGGGUAUUAACUUUGUUUUUAAUCUGUUUUGAAGCGUUUUCUCCGGAUCAGAGUGAGGAAUUGUGUGAUCGAUAGGUUUUGUUUUUUCCCCUCAUUUCAGUGUCCUGUGCUGUACCCAGAGAAGCCACAUUUAUAACUUUGUGAUCUUCAGGUUUUUCUGUUUUACAGAUGGUAGAAAAUUGCUAAACAAAAGGUGCCAAAUGUUUGUUUCUUUUAAAUUUGUAGUGUAACGUAACAUAAGGUGUCCGCAGCAAACAGUGGUUGAUGUUGUUUAUUUUUUUAAAUAAUCAGGCUUAUAUUCAAAUUAACACAAGACUGACCAGCUAAAAUACACUGUUUCAUUCCAGAUGUCUCUAAUACUAGUACCCUUUAAUGCAGCACCUUGACCUCAAGGUAAAGGUCAGAGGUCAAGUUCCAGAGCUGCAAUUAGAACGAUGUGACCGAGAAUGUUCAAAUGCAUGAACUAAGAAUCUUGAAUGAGUUCCAAUGUCAGUGACCUUGAUAUUGAGGUAAAGGUCAGAGGUCAGUUUUCUGAAAAUUUUUUGACCCCACCUUUUGAUAUCAAAAUGAUUUCAUAUGAUGAGUUAAGCUAAUAUAGCCUAGCCUGCUAAACAUUUGUAAUGUCAUUAGAAAAAUAAUUUGUUUAGCUACAAUGUACACUCUUAUAUGGAUACUUAUUGUUUCUAUUUGCCAUCGACACUGUAAAGAUGGACAUAGCUACUGUUGAAGCCUGAAAAAGACCAUUUUUACCAUCUUGGCCUUUUGAAACUGGAUGCGGCAAUGACGGGCAGAUCUGAGUGUGAAGGCGCGCACUGAUUGGCUGCAAACUUGACAGUUCAGUAGCCAGCGAGCAUAUCCUGCAGCAGAGCGUUUACAGAUGUCCCGGCAGAGGGCUGUUUUCCCCUGGACUUCUGUAGGACCAGAAGUCUUUCACAGGUGGCCUUUAAAAAUAAUGCCAUCUAUAUGUUAGGACUUGUUUGGGUACAGCAUGGCGCAGUGCAAUGGAGGGGGGGGGACGACGCAGUAUAUUGAUGCUAUUGUUAAUAGUGUGUUUACCAGGAUAGAUGCUCCAAAGUGACCCACUGCCUUGGCUUUUGAAGCGUUGUUCCACUGUUGUCGGGCAGACUUUGAUGUCUGUGGGAGUUUGAGAUGAGUCAGCGAACCCGCUGUAGGCACUUUGUCACCGUAACUUUCUGUUAUUUACUCAACAGGCUCAAAAUAAUGUCGAUUUCACAAAGAGAAAAUCACGCCUUAAAUCCAAACAAAGUAAGCCCUUUGACUAAAUCCUUUCUAUUAAUCACAGAAAUGAUAAAACAGGAGACACUUUUAGAUUUUUCUUUUUCACAUCUGAGAAUCUGAAAUAUGGCUCUGAGGACUGAUUCAUAUGUUGACCAGUUAUUUAUAUUAAGACAUGUGAGGCAUAUGUAGUUAUUUCUGUUGUCAUGUUUUUGUUCUACUCUUUAAAUCCCACAUUCCUAUUUAAUUUAUUGUUGUUUUGGCAUUUUUAUGCUUAUAUUCCUAUCCAUCCAUUAACAAAUUUAUCAAAAAUUAAGAAAAAUGAAGAAAAUACACUAUUAUAAAUUCUCAAGGAAGUACAAUAGAGGUUGUUUAAUAUAAGUCUUGACUUUUCAAGGACCAACUUUUUGUUGUUUUGGUUGCUUCAAAAGUUAUUAAGACCCUUUACUUUUUGCACACUUUGUGAUGCUGGAGAUCUCAGUUUAAACAUACUAAUUUGGCAUAUUUCCCAAUCAAUUCUUUUAUAAGUCUUUGUUGCUUCAUUGUAAGGCAGGUAUUACCAGCCUCUCACUGGAGUAUUGGCAGGACAGUCAGCUCUAGGAAGUGAGUCUCCUAUGUCUGUCAGUGCUUUAUUAAUGGUUCUAUACUUUCCUCCUGAUUUGUCCCCCCAAAAAGACAAAACACAGCUUGUUUUUGUAGUAACGGUUCAGAAAAAAAUAAUUAUAAAUAACUGUGAAAACGUGUCACCAUGUUGUUAUAGGUUAUCAGCUGUGUUAAUUGGGAAAUUGAUGUGUAUCCAUUUAAAAAAAAAAAAAAAUCCACAACAGAAGCGUGCAAAAGGUGAAAUAUUUUUUGAAGCCGCUGCAGAUUUUUAAAAUAUUUAAUCACGGCCUGUUACAAUCCCACCGAGGGCCGGAGAAGGCUGCAUGUUUUUGCACCAUGAUGCAACACUGGAACAUGGCUACGAUGACAUGUCCAAAACAAAUACAGUGUAUUAAAAUCUCAAUGUCAUCUUUGAGUCCGUGCUGAUUUUUUUUAUUUAAAGUGCAGUUCGCGGUUUUCCAUUAAUCAGACAACACUUCGAUCUGCUUUUCAUGCAAAGCUGAGAUGCUUUAACAAUUUCUAAAGCUGUUUAAGUAUCGCUGCAGAGAAAUAGAUCAGCAGUAAUAUUAAGAAUGGUAAAUAUCUGGCUGAUCAGUUUUGAUUUUAAUAUUUCAUUAAAUAAUUUUUUAUCAGUACAAUUUUUUAAUUAUGUUCUCUGGAUCCUUUGAAGCUACAUUUAAUCUGCCAGUGUGCCAAACAUUUGUUUUUACAAAUUUUUACUGCUUUAGUUUUUAGCUUUCUUGGACGCUAAACACAGCAAUUUGCCAACAGCUGAUUUCAGUGCCAUAUUUAAAUGUUGAUUACAGUAUGUUCAGUUUUAGUCAUUAGAACAGUAGUUUGCUGAUUACAUGAAGCACUGAAUGUCUGCCAGUUACACGGCAGAAAAUCCUGUCUUUCUAUGAGCUGGUUCGUAGCAUUUCCAGCCUGUUUUGGUUAUAAGUUAUGCAGAUGUUGGGUAUAUGGGUAAAUUAGUCAUAAUGUACAAGCCACUUAUUUCCAAAGUAAAGUUAGAAGAGGAAAUGCAGUGAAAUCCUCUGUGUGGUUUAUUUAGUUCACUCUGCCCCACCUUUCAGUCUUGAACCAAGUGGUGAAAUCUAUCAUCCUUUAGGCCAGCAAAUUAACUGACAGUGUUUGGCCACUAGAGGGCAGAAGAUCAAGCUGAAACAGAGCAGCAUGUUAGAAAUCAGCGGCCUGUUUGCGCAUCCUGGAGCCGUAUUUCUUUAAUCCAUCGCUCACCCUCCUCUUAGCUCUGGUUGAGUGUAGCUGUUUAAUGUUUGUGUCUUUGUUUACCAGCGCUUAAUGAAUUUUGCCAUUUGUUGAAAUCGUUUGGGCUAACGAGAGCACCGAGACCAAACCGGGCAGUAAACAUGCCGUGAAACCAAAACUAUGAGCUAAAGGAGGCUAAAAAGCUCCUACCAUGCUGCAUAAUUGUGAGUUCUCUGUGAGCGUCAUGUCACUUAUUGCUGUUAGAAAAAUAUCGAUAAGUCCUUCUUUAAAAGAAGUGUUCAUUCUGUUAACACCUUUACUCCAAUCUUUAAUUUUUAAAGUUUUUUUGGUAAGUUUUUGUUGAAAAAAUCGGGGAUAAUGAAUUUGAAGCAAAGCAUAUAUUCCUGUCAGAAACAUGCCGUGCAACCCUUUAAAUAAGAUGACGUGCAACUAAUUAGGAAAAUUGCUUCUCUAAUUACUUUGCAAUGUCAAAAUCGCAUCUUGCAUCAAACAGAUUGACACUAAACUUAUUUGUAUUUGAGAUGUGAACACCAGACAUUUUCCUCAGUGCCGUUUAUCGUGACAAUCUUCCAGGACAAAUUGUCGGCUUUUACCUGAACAUUUCUUGCUUUUUAUCUCUUCGUUUCCUUUUACGUCUUCAUCCUCUCCAUGAACCUGUUGUGUCUUAAAUGUUGUUUUUGGAAUCACUUUGAAAGUUUACACUGUUUGCAGUCAUGUUGUGCCUGUUAUAAUAACUCUUCUGUCUGAUCCUCUGUAAAGUUUGUGAGCUACUGAAUAUUUUAAUGCAUUAUGAUUAUAGAUUAUACAUCAGAGACAAAAGAGAACAGAAGUCAGCUGGUGUUUU